AUGGAUCUCGAAGGUGGGGCUUUUCGAAAUCAAAUAAAGAAAGAAUCUUGGAGAACAGUACUUACAUUGGCCUACCAAAGCUUAGGAGUUGUGUAUGGGGAUUUGAGUAUCUCACCAUUGUAUGUAUAUCAAGUUACAUUUUCUGAGGACAUUGUGCACUCUGAGACCAAUGAAGAAAUCUAUGGGGUCUUAUCACUUGUGUUCUGGACAUUAACUUUGCUGCCUCUUUUGAAAUAUGUGUUUAUUGUGCUGAGAGCUGAUGAUAAUGGUGAAGGAGGCACAUUUGCUCUGUAUUCACUCUUAUGUAGACAUGCCAAAGUGAAUUUGUUGCCCAGCAGCCAAUCGGCUGAUGAGGAUUUGUCGAAUUACAAGAAGGAUGUCACGAGCCCCGAGCCCUCGAGUUUCGGGGCAAGGUUGAAAUCUAUUUUGGAGAAGUACAGUGUUUUGCAAAGGAUAUUGCUUUUGUUAGCUCUGCUUGGGGCUUGUAUGGUGAUUGGGGAUGGUAUAUUGACCCCUGCAAUUUCAGUUUUUUCUGCUGUUUCUGGUGUGGAAUUAGCUGCAGAGAAAGAACAUCAUAAGUAUAUAGAAGUGCCAGUGGCUUGCUUGAUACUGAUUGCCUUAUUUGCACUUCAGCAUUACGGGACCCACAGGGUUGGGUUCUUGUUCGCGCCAGUUGUGAUAAUGUGGCUCGUUUGCAUUUCUUCGAUUGGCAUGUAUAAUAUUCUACACUGGAACCCGCACGUGUAUAAAGCUCUAUCACCAUAUUACAUUUAUAGAUUCCUCAAGAAAACCGAACGAGAAGGUUGGAUGUCAUUAGGAGGAAUUUUGCUGUGUAUAACAGGUUCAGAAGCAAUGUUUGCUGAUCUUGGCCACUUCUCCCACAAAUCGAUAAAGAUAGCCUUCACGUCUUUCGUUUAUCCAUCGCUAGUCCUCGCUUAUAUGGGCCAAGCUGCUUACCUUUCUCAGCAUCAUGAUUUUCAGAAAAGCUAUCGAGUCGGGUUUUAUAUCUCUGUACCCGAGAAAUUGAGAUGGCCCGUUUUGGUAAUUGCGGUUCUUGCUGCGGUUAUUGGUAGCCAAGCCAUUAUCACGGGAACUUUUUCGAUCAUAAAGCAAUGCUCGGCUCUGGGUUGUUUCCCUAGGGUCAAAAUCGUCCACACGUCCUCCGAAAUUCACGGGCAGAUUUACAUACCCGAAAUCAACUGGAUUUUGAUGGUCCUAUGCUUAGCUGUCACGCUUGGUUUUCGAGACACGAGACGUAUGGGCAAUGCCUCGGGUCUCGCGGUUAUUACAGUUAUGCUCGUCACGACGUGCUUGAUGUCGCUCGUGAUGGUGCUGUGUUGGCACCGGACUGUGCUCGUGGCGCUCUUGUUCGUCGUGUUUUUCGGGGCGAUCGAGGCGUUGUAUUUCGCGGCCUCGUUUAUCAAGUUUCUCGAGGGGGCGUGGGUCCCGAUCGCACUCUCAUUCGUGUUCGUGACGGUGAUGCUCGUGUGGCACUAUGGGACGGUCAAAGCGUACGAGUUUGACCUUCAGAACAAAGUCUCGGUCGAUUGGCUACUCGGGUUGGGCCCCGAAUUGGGCAUCGUGCGGGUCCCGGGCAUCGGCCUUAUCCACACCGAGCUCGUCUCGGGAAUCCCUGCGAUUUUUAGCCAUUUUGUCACCAAUCUCCCGGCCUUCCACCAGGGCAUGGUUGUUGUCGGGUCGCCCUCGACCCGCCCGUCGGGUGGGGUCCAGUUAGGCCCGUCGGGCCUCGGCGAGAUUGGGCCCGAAGGGCCCGGGAUGCGGAGGAAGAGGGUCCGAUUUGUGGUUCCCGAGGGCCCGGAGAUGGAGGGCGGGGCCCGAGAGGAGCUUCGGGAGCUGAUACAGGCGAGGGAGGCUGGGGUGGCGUACAUUAUGGGGCACUCGUACGUACGGGCCAAAAACGGGUCGGGUUUUCUGAAGAAAAUGGCGAUAAAUUUCGGGUAUGGGUUUUUGAGGAGGAAUUGCAGGGCGCCUAGUUAUGUGUUGAGUGUGCCUCAUGCCUCAACUUUGGAAGUGGGUAUGGUGUAUUAUGUAUGA